AUGGCGUUCAGUGACAUAUGCACAGCGACCUUCUCCAUGACGUUUUCGUUCUCAGCGUUGUUCUGGAAAGAACAUGUUCUAAGCCCAGAGUCGUGCAAGGCGAUGCUGUUCUUGUUGGAUACUUUUGUGUCUGUGGGAGUUUUCAUGAUCCUCACCAUCAGCAUGGACCGAUAUAUGAUAAUUGUCCAACGUAAAGACAAACUUACAACGUAUCGCGCCAAAACGCUAAUGGUCGCCUCGUGGCUGGUAUCUAUGGUGAUGGCGUUUCCGUCAACGGUUGGAUGGGGUGAUUAUAAGUUCGUUCGAAGUCACACAAUUUGUGUUCUUACAUUCGACGGUAAAGCACGCGACGUUGGAUUCAUGAUUCUUAAGCUGUGUGUUACACAUUUCCUCCCCGUAUUAGUGAUGGCGUUCUCAUUUGUACAGAUACUAGGAGCUGUCCGUAAGAACAAAUGCAGGGUUCACAAUCAUCCAAAUAUGGAUUUUAGUGUUAGUGUAAUAAGUAACAAUGGCAGGCUAGGAAUACCAGUUUUACAAAGAUCGUUUCGGGUAAGUCUCGAUAUGAGUUUUAAAACUAGGGCAUUCAAAACUAUCCUUCUUCUAUUUAUCACAUUUGUCCUGUGUUGGACACCUUACGCGCUAAAUAUAACAAUUUCACAGUCCCAUGGGACAUUUAACAGGAUGGGACAUUUGAUUCUGUUGUGGAUAGGCUAUGCAAAUAGUGCUAUCAACCCCAUAAUUUACAGUAUUCGGAUAAAAAAGUUUCGUCAGGUGUGUAGCAUGUGGCUCCCGAAUAGACGUAAAUCUAGGACGAAUAUGAUGGGGGCUACCAAACGAAGGAUCAAUCCCAGCGCCAUGUACGAAUUCCAGGACUCGUCGAACACAUCCAACUAA